UUCCUACCAUCUGGCCCAGACCUCGCCAGGCCGUUCGUCGCUCGGCUCAGCUGUGCUGUGGGAAGUGUGUGGACAUGGCCUGGCGGAUGACACAGUUGCUGCUUCUGGCUUUGGUGGCUGCUGCACGGGGUGCCCAGCCCAGGAUUUCACAGGCCAGGACAGACCGGCUCAACGUCUGCAUGGAUGCCAAGCACCACAAGACAAAGCCAGGCCCUGAGGACAAGCUACAUGACCAGUGCAGUCCCUGGAAAAAGAACGCCUGCUGCUCCGUCAACACCAGCCAAGAAGCCCAUAAGGAUAUUUCCUACCUGUACAGAUUCAACUGGGACCACUGUGGCAAGAUGAAGCCCGCCUGCAAGCGCCACUUCAUUCAGGACACCUGCCUCUACGAGUGCUCGCCUAACCUGGGGCCCUGGAUCCAGGAGGUGAACCAGAGCUGGCGCAAAGAACGGUUCCUGAACGUGCCCCUCUGCAAAGAGGACUGUCAGAUCUGGUGGGAAGACUGCCGCACCUCCUACACCUGCAAGACCAACUGGCACAAGGGCUGGAACUGGACCUCAGGGUAUAACCAGUGCCCAGUGAGAGCUGCCUGCCACCGCUUUGACUUCUACUUCCCCACGCCUGCUGCUCUGUGCAAUGAAAUCUGGAGUCACUCCUACAAAGUCAGCAACUAUGGCCGGGGCAGCGGCCGCUGCAUCCAGAUGUGGUUCGACCCGGCCCAGGGCAACCCCAACGAGGAGGUGGCGAGGUUCUACGCUGAGACCACAAAUUCUGGGGCCAUGCCCCAGGGGAUUGGACCUCUCCUGCUCAACCUGACCCAGAUACUGCAACGCUGGUUCCUUGGCUAA